AGCUCUGCUAGCGAAAGUGGGCUGUCAAUCUCGCCAGUCAAGUUGCAACGACAGGUACUGUGGCGCAAAGGUUUAGUGACGGCAGUAGUUUGACUGGACGCACCCCAGAGAGUAGGAAGCGACCUGGUGCCUUAUCUGCCUACGACAGUAGCAGCAGCAGUAAGCGGUAUGGCUCGUCAAUCUUCGAGUGGAUCUCUAAUAAAGGAAGGAGGACAGGUGGAAGGUUUGGUAGAAGCAAUAAUUGAUGCUGCUUAUGAUAAAGACACGGAAGUGAGGAGAACACUGUGCAGGUCAUUAGUUGACAUUGGUAGUCAUUGUCCAGAACUGGUUCUGAGGAGCUGCCAUAGAUAUCUGUCCAAGAGACCAAAAUUGGAUAGAGGUCAUCGUGUCAUUUUGUUGCAAUCUAUGGACAAUAUUGUUAAAGAAGCUAUUGAUCGCUUGCCAGAUGAGUUAGCACAACUCCUCAUUAGACAUGGGUCUGAUGAACUAACACAGACUAAAGAUGUCGUACCAGAGUGGCAGACAGCUGCGUCUUCCUUGUUAGUUGCACUAGGGAGGAAGAAAGAGUUUGGUGGCCAAGUCAUAGAUUCAUUGUUGAGCAAGUUCCCUUCUGGGACGGUUCCUCAUUUUUUUGUUAUACAAACACUCGGUACACUUGCUGGAGAGAAUGCAUUUGGUGUGGUACCAAGACUGAAGGAUGUGAUUAGUCGGAUGCUACCUGUGCUGGCAGGCAUUAAACAUGACAACUUUAGAUGGGCAUUCUGUUCAAGCAUGGGCAAGUUCUGUGAUGCCAUUCUUGACUACCUUGCAAACAUGGAUAAGGCCAGUGACAAAACCAUAACUGCCGAAAUGUACCACGGUGAGAUGUAUGCUGCUUUUGAUGUCAUGUUCAAUGUCUGGCUGCUAACCAAGGAAGCAAAGCUUCGGCUGGCUAUUGUUGAGGCUGUCGGUUCAAUGACUCACUUAAUGUCAAUGGAACGACUGGCUGAAAUAACACCUAAGCUGAUCCCAACACUCUCCAUGCUUUACAGGAAACACAAUGAACACUACUUUAUAACAAAUAGCCUUUGCAUGUGCUUGGAUGCUAUUCAGACGAGAAAUGCUGCUAUAUUAGAUCCUCAGCUAGAUGUUCUUCUUUGCAAUCUUCACCCACUGGCAUGCAUUCCAACAGAUUUCAGUAACCCUGUGACGGUGAAGAAUCACAACGAACUGUUACGAUGUUUCAAUGUCAUGGCUAGGUCAUAUUCGGAUCGUGUUUUAUCUUUCAUGCUCAACAAACUUGAAGUGAGGGAUGAACGUUCACGCAUUGGGACAUUAGAUGUUCUGAAGCAUCUCAUCAAUUCAACAGAUGAUGAAAUGGAGGAUAAGAAAGCAUUAGUUGUUAGUGGUCUGAAGAUUCUGUUAUCAGAGACAAAUAAUCAAGUUAAGAAGAUGCUCGCACAAGUUGUUAUCGCAAUGGCACAUCACCAGUACUUGGAGUUAGAAGGGGGCCACCUAAUGAUUGAAUUUAUUGUCAGACAGUGUGCUCUACCGGUCGGACCCGAAGAGAAGCAACAAUCUGGUUUUGACCAAGACAUGGUGACGAAUGGUCAGUUGAAACAGAUGUGUGACAACGUGCUACAGCUCCUUACAAAUACAGUACAACACACAGAAUCUGUUCUUUGGCCUUACCUUCUAGAAUGCAUUGUUCCAACUCCAUACACAGAAGCCAUGACAGCUGUAUGUCGUAGUGCUGCUCAGGUAGCUAACAAGAAACGAGUCAUUCAAGCAGAAGACUAUGAACUGGAUUAUGAAAUCCUUGUAAAUGUUCCUAAACCUCCAGCCAUGAUAUCAAGACUAUUGGUGAUGGCUGGACAUCCACAUGGGAGUGGUGGACGAGGUAUUCAUGUGCUGAAUCUACUCAUGGCUCUUGGUCCUAAUCUCCAUGAGAAUGUUGUUGAUUUGUGGGAUGCUAUUAUCCCAAAACUGACCGAGUUCCUUGAAGAAAAUAGCGCCGAUGGGAAAGACUGGAAUCAAAAAAGAUGGGAAGACAUGGUCUUAAAAUUACUGUCCAAGACACUGGAUGAAGUGGAUGAUGAAGAGUGGAUAUGUGGCUUAGGGUACGAAAUGGGGAUUCAGAUUUGCCUCUAUAAUGGUCACCCGAAUGAGAAGAAUUUCUUGUUCAAGUGCAUUGGUGUUGUAUUAAGGAAGUCAACCGGUCGCCAGUUCAUGCAAGAUCAUCUCAAUUUGUUGUUUUCAUCAGUGGACCAUUCCAACCAGAUAGAGAGAGAGGGCUGUGCCAUGGCUCUCGGAUUCUGUGCAGCUUCACAUCUUGAUGCAGCAGUUGAAAAACUUCAACAUGUAGCAAAAGACGACAUGGUCAGAAAGUCAACUGGCUUUUUAGGGCUCAUGAAGGAUAAGUCCGAGGCUGAAGUCGAAAGAGUAAAGAGCACUGUUAUGCUAUGUUAUGGGCAGGUCACUUUCUUUGCUCCAGUUGGUCUUAUAACAUCUCGAAUUGAAGUCAACAUUUUGCGGAGUAUCAAUCCACAUUUUGUCAAUGUCAAAGACACAAGUGUGAAACAGAACUUGAUACGUGCAGUUGAUCUAAUUGGGAAGUCUCUCCACCCAAAUCACUUGCAAACAGCAGACUUUGUGUUUCAGAAGCGAGGUGAUCUUCUUGCUCAUAUGCAGACGUACAUCAAGGCAGAGCCCACAAAUUUUCCCAUCACACGUGAAACUGUUUCAUUGGCAAUGAAUGCAUGUGCCACUCUAGUCAUGUUGGAGCCACAUUUGUCUGAAGCCGAAGAGUUUGAGCUCAUCAAGACUUGUACAGAUGCUGUGUUCAAACUUCCAGCUGGUGGUAUUCUUCAUGAUGAGAAGAGUAAAGGCAAGAGUGAUGUGGUCCGGAAAGAGGAGGCAGAAGCAUCAAAUUUGAUAUUGAAGAAAACAUUUGAAAGCAUGACAAAACUUUUGUGUGAAGUCCUCAUGAAGCGAAUCUCACCUGGUGGCCUGGAGAGCAUUACAAAGCAUUUGGAGCCCUGGAUGGUGUCGGCUGCAGUUCAUGAACGAGAAAGAUCUGUUGAGGCAUUACUAAUUAUUCUAACUUGUUACAUUGACCACCUGGUUCCAGAGGAAGGAGUGCACUUCAUUAAUCUUGGCCAUCUCAUAGCUCGUGUGACACCUCGUUGUACUGAUCGACUGGUCUCCAUCCGUAAAAAUGCCAUCGAUUCUCUUCAGCUGUUGUUACGAAUAGCAGCUCGAUAUCGGGGUGCUCUACCUGAAACGAAAGACCAGCUUGUGGAUGCGGUGUCGCUGCUCCGUGAAAGAGCAGAUAAAGAUGAGGCAAACGCUUUGUUUGGUGUCAUCAAUGAUAUGGCCAAGGUUUUGGCUAAGAAGCUCCCAGCUGAUCAGUUGAAUCCUUUCAUCUAUCGUCUUAUGGAUGGCUUGAUUGAUGUGGAGAGUCAUAGCUCGAGUGGAGCUUGUGUUGUUCUCAACAGUUUCUGCAGACUGAGGGGUGCAGAACUAACAGAUGAAGUAUCAAAUCUUGUGAAGCAAAUUAUUAGCCAACUUGAUUGUAUCACCAGUGCUCAGACUCAUACAGGAACACUGCGUUCACUGAGGACCCUGACACACCACCAUUUAAAUCUUGUUGUCACUACUCUUUUGGACUUCCCAUUACCACUGGAAAAGCAUGUCAUUGAGGCAUGGCAGACCAUUGGUCAAGACAAGCAUCUUACAAAUAGCACGUUGGAUCUUCUACUUGACCUUCUUGCCCGCAGCAUGCCGUACAAUGAGAAACAACGUCAAGGACAAGUACUUUCCAGGUCUCCAACGCCAGUGCCAAAGGCCGUCACUUGUGCAUUUGCAGAGCUUUUCUGUGUUGAGGAAGUAGAAAAUCUCGUUCAAGAGCAUUUCCAUAGGCUAUUCUCAGCACUUCUAGUGCGUAUUGGAUCGUGUGCUGUUAUAGAAGAGACUAACAAGAAACCUCAAGAACAGAGUUGUUCUAGUUAUGCUAUGACAGCAAUGAAAGAACUGCUGCGACGAGCAAAACAGGAGGAGUUCCUUCAGAAUCUUUCUGAUCUCGACGUGUGGGCUAAGUGGGAGAGUAUGGCAGACAAGGAAAGAUUUGCCGAAGGUCUUACUCUCUGUGCCAAAGCUCUCUGUGAUUUCACUCCUGAUCAGCUAAACAAAGUAAUUGGCUGCCUUGCUCCUAUAUUGUCUAGCUUAUUUGAACCACAGCGAGUAGCCGCAGCGGCUUUCUUUGCUGAAUUGAUCAAUCAGCGGUGUCUUGGUGACAUGACACAAGUUGAACUGCUUAUGAACAGCUUAUUGGGCCGUCUGAUUGACACAUCACAUGUUGUUCGGAUGCUUUGUGUUCGUGGUCUUGGCAACAUUGCCAGUAUUGGCGGAGAACAAUUGAAACGUUAUUCAACAACUGUGCUCUCUGCUAUGAUGGCGGGUAUGGAUGACAAAGAAGAUCCUGAAGAUCUCAUCACUCUUGAGGCUAUGAGUGGGCUUUCCAAAAUAUUGGGAGAGAUUGAUGAGGCUCAAAUUCGACCAAUACUUAUCAAUAUUUGUCUCAAGAUCAGACCAUGUUUUGUAAAGAUGAAGCCGGGCGUUCGAGCCGCUGCAUUCGAACUGUUUGGAAAUGUGUCUCGGUUUGGUGAUGGACCGUCAAGAGCUCCUUUUCUUGAGCAGAUCCACACCAACUUUGUAUCUUUGCUAAUGCACUUGAAUGAGGAACAACCAGAGGUUGCACUGGCAUGCAAGAAAGCUCUCCGAAAACUGAGUCCUCUUCUGGGAUCCACUUCUGUGAACAACAUGUUCCAAAAACACUUGCUGGAAGAUGCUCAACUGAUGCACUAUGGAGAGUUUAUGAAUGACCUAUCACGACUAAUUAUUGCAGACUUCCCGGACAAAAUAAGCUUUUAUACAAUGGGUUGUAUUGGUUUCUUCAAAAGCGUUUGGAAGGGCAUCCGAGCCAAUGCUGCGAUGUUUGUAGGGUUCUUACUAGGAAAUCUGCCACUUCAAGAGCGACUGAUUAUAUCAAAGGAGCACAUAUGUGGAGCACUGGUGCUAUUGUUAAAAGAUCCUGCACCAAUUGUAAGAAGAAAGGCUGGUGAAGCAAUGAGCCUCCUGUAUAACUACUGACACUUCGGAUUAAAAAUUAAAUAUGAUGUUGGUGUUCAAAUAUUUUUCUAGCAGCUCGUCUUGAUUGUAGAAUAAAGUUCAUGAAAUCA